CACACACUCCCUCCUCAGUUAUCUGUUUCUCCUCUGCUGUCGCUCUGACACACACACACACACACACACGCACACACACGCACACACACACACACACACAGACACACACACACACACGGGGGGAGGUAGAUAACUCUGUGAUUCCACUGCUGAAUUUUUAACGCUGUUGUGGAACUUUUUUUUUCCAGGCGGGUUACUGUGGCACCAGGGUACUGUUACACCGACAGAGACACAGAGACAGGGUUCAGUUCAGUUCUGUUGUUUACUGAGGCUGGACGAACACAGGACUGUUCAUGGGGUGUACGAUCUGUCCUGUCCUGAUGCCGUUACAGUAGCAAUAUGACCCUCAACACCCAGAGAGAGAAGGAACCUCUGCGCCGGCGAGGCAGCACACCGAUUCCUCCCGCCCACUUCUACCAGCACCCGUCCUGGACUCGGGACCUUCAGGACCCUCGGCUCCCCAGCAACACCCAGCCUGACCCCGAGCAGCCGCGCCCCCAGCGUAGCCACCCUCCUCUGGGACAGUCGGCAUCCUACCAUCCUGGAGACAAGUCCCUCCACUACCGCGCCCAGUGGAGUUCAGACUCGGACGAUGACUCCCAGAGUGACUCGGACUGUGUUUACAGAGUGGUGUUGCUAGGCGACCACGCUGUCGGAAAGACCAGCCUGGCAGGAAUCUUUGCCGGGAUCACAGAGAAAGAUGAGCAACCUGGAGGUGGGAUGUUAGAAGACACUUACGAGCGGACACUGACAGUAGAUGGAGAGGAAACCACACUCAUCGUCAUGGAUACCUGGGAGAACGACAAACUGGAGGGGGACGACGACUCCUCUCAGGAAAACUGUCUGAAAGUCGGGAGUGCCUACGUCAUCGUCUACUCCGUCACCGACCGCUCCAGCUUCGACGCCGCCGCUGAGCUCCGUAUCACGCUGCGACGCACCCGCCAGGCCGAAAACCUUCCCAUCAUCCUUGUGGGCAACAAGAGCGACCUGGUCCGGUCUAGAGAAGUCGCUGUGGAAGAGGGCCGAGCGUGUGCGGUGGUGUUUGACUGUAAGUUCAUUGAGACGUCGGCGUCUCUGCAGCACAACGUGACCGAGCUAUUCGAGGGCGUGAUCCGACAGAUCCGCCUCCGUCGGGACGGCAGCGAGGUCGUCAAGCGCCGACGCUCCAUUUACAAGCACAAAGAGAGCCUCCCCCAGAAGGCUCGCCGCUUCCUGGACCGACUGGUGGCACGCAACAACCAGCGCAUGGCGGCCAAAGUGCGCUCCAAGAGCUGCCACGACCUGGCCGUCCUCUGAAGACAGGUGUCCACCAGGAGCAUCAGGUUGGACCUUCUUUGAGCUCUCUCUGGUUGUGAUAUCGUGGACGAUGGCGUUUGUGAUGAUCCUCACGUUCAGCGAGUCAGCAACAUAAUAUAGUAAUCAGCAGUGAAAGGAGUCAGUGGACAGUUACGUACGUCGCUGUGACCAACUCAUUUUCCUCUUUGACCAUUUGGUCUCAACAUUUGCGUGACUUGUCCUCCAGAUGAUCUAAAUAUAAAGAAACUAGACUGUGAAGGAUCAUCACUGUUGGGUUAAAGGUUGGAUGACUGCGUGUGUGUGCGUGCGUGUGAGACUGUUCAGGAUGUCCUGUAGUUUCCACUGUGUCUACUGUGCUGUUCUCCUGAGGUUUCUACUGUUUUCAGUUCAACACUGUGCAGAAUAAAGUCUUAAAGGAACAGUG